CCAAAACGGGCGUCAAAGUGGCGUUCUCUGUAGCCAACUGAGGGCUGUGCGCCUCGUAAGCCGCCCUGGGCUGUGCAAGCUCUCAUAGCCGAAAAGCAUAGAUCUCAGCGCAUGCAUAGUCUUUCAGGCUCUCAUUAAAGUCGACAGGCCCAGGUCUAACCUCUCUUCUCGUCUUCACAGCAACUUACCACCUACAAAUACACCUCACCAAAGCGGUCACCUGGUACCAUGUGUUUCGCAGCGGAGCCAAAGACGACCUAUUACUAUCGAGAAGAAAUAACUCCAGCACGGCCAUAUCGACAGCAUCAUCAUCAUCAUCAUCAUCAUCAUCGCUCGUCACGCUCUCCACAUAUUAGCUACACCAGUAUUUCAACUACAAGAAAGUCUCACUCGCCUCGAAUAGGCGAGGCCGGCUACUACAGGCCUGGAGAAGUGGUUUAUGAAACCCGCCGAUGCUAAUUCGAUAACCUCCCCUCGCAAGAAGAGGGGGAAGCAACUGGCGGUAUCGUACGGUCCGUAACUGAAGUCAGUCGACUGUGUUUACCCGCAACUCCAUUAUGCCAGAAUUGACGACACGAACUGGCUGCAGCUUCGUACCAUGCUCUCUGUUUUAUUAUUUAGUUACAUUGUUGUGUUUGGUAUUUGAUAUUGCAAUUUUAGCAUGAAUCAACAGCAUCUGUGUAUGACGAAAUAAAGUUACGGCUCUGCGCCAGUAUUACCACAGUGGCGGGGUUGGCUAGAAAUCUGCUUGCAGCAUGCGCUGGCGUACCAUCAACGAUGACAUCAUCGUUCAAGCGUCGUCCUUGGAACAACAGAGCACGAUAUACUUAUUCCCGAGCUGUAUGACAAUAUAUUAUUAUGGGUGCAACUGAAUACUAGAUCCUAUUAUAAUUUCAAACAUUUUUACCCUGGCUUACUCAAAAUGCUUCCUACAACCUUUCACAGCUGGCUGUGGAAAUUCGCCUGGGCGUCAAAGCAGGGUAUUUGGCUUAUAACAUAGCCCCUCCUCUCCACCCUGUUUUCCCCAUCAUCCCCGAUCUGUUUAAAAACUAAGCACAGCCCUGACAUCGUGGCUUUUCUGGUUCUUCUUAAGUUUCCGUCAGCCCUGGUAAGCGAUACAUCUUAUCCCUUUAAAUCUUUUCGUAAGUGAGGAUCUCGGUUCACCAUAUCUCCCAUCCUUCCAUUGUCAACAAUCGGGUUACAGCUUCCGUUUCGGCUUGCGCGGCACGAAAAUGACAGUCACGCUACGAGCUACCGUACGUCAAGACAGAGCCUAGCUAACGUAGCCAAAAUAGACCAGAAGAAAGAACCCACGCACCCAUACUCAUCCAUCUCAGACACUAUGAAUCGCGCAUUUUCCAUCCGUUCCGGCAACUCCAAGAGUUCGAACAACUCUGGAGGCAACAGAAUGCCAGGUUUUGGCCUCAAUUCUCUCCGAGGCACCGUUCAGCCUGAGCUUUCCAAAAAGCUUUUCAAGCUCAUCAAGUCGGAAAAUAACCUAGUAACUGCUCAUGAGACCGCAUGCCGCGAACGAAUCUCAAUCGCUACGCAAUUGUCAGAAUGGGGCGAGCAAACUGGCGAUGAUGGCCUCAGCGACAUCUCUGACAAGGUCGGAGUUCUUUUGAGCGAGAUUGGUGAGCAAGAAGAUAGCUACGCUCACGCCCUUGACGAUUCUCGAAGCAUCCUUAAGGCUAUCCGCAACACGGAAAAGAGUGUUCAGCCAAGCCGAGAUAGCAAGGCCAAGAUUACCGACGAAAUUCAGAAGCUGAAACUCAAGGAGCCUCAGAGUGCGCGCCUAGUUGUUCUUGAGCAGGAGCUCGUUAGAGCUGAGGCAGAGAACCUGGUUGCUGAAGCCCAACUUACGAACAUUACCCGCCAGAAGAUUAAAGAAGCAUACGAGGCCGAAUUUGCUGCCACCAUUGAGCGCGCUGAGAAACAAAUUAUCCUCGCCAAGCAUGGACGUCGUCUUCUUCAGUUGCUCGAUGAUACUCCCGUUGUACCAGGUGAUGCUCGUCCUGCUUAUGACACUGCUACCCAGGCGCAAGCCCGUCAAGUGCUCAACGACGUAGAGGAUGAUCUUCGUGAUUGGAGACCGGAUUCUGAGUCUUUUGAUGUCGCUCCUUCCUACACUAAGGGCGAGAAGGAUGAGAUUGAUGACGCUAAGGAAGAUAGUACCAAACAAAUCGAGGAGAAGGCUGACGCCUAAUCUACCACGAGUUGAGUUUGAAGAUACCAUGUUUAAUCGCUGGAGACGGUUGUUUAUGCUUGUGUUUGCUUGUGUUUCCCCACCCGUUGAAUUUGGUCUUUGCUUUAAGUAAUUAUUACAAAUAAGAAUAUUUUAUUUAUGUUAGUCUGCGAUAUGUCAAUUGUACACCCAAACAUGAACUCGGAAAUAUAGGGCGGAGCUUCCAUAAACGAAGAUGCCACCCAUUCUUCGUCGAGGGUCGCGUCUACUGGUAUAACUACGUGCCAACUCCUCAACAGCGACAUGUAUCAUUCACAAUGGGCCAGAAAUGGGUUCCCAGGUCGUUAAGGUAAGUUGGCUCGCCUUUGCGGGUAGGACGUACACGGAGAUCUAUAGGCAUCUUUCGUCUUGUCGAACGGGCAACGAGCGUGUGAAUGACGCCUUAGCGUUAGCGCCAUUCAUGGAUCCAAGAGUGCCC